AUGGGAAGCCAAUCAAUGAGCCAUCACUUGUCUCUUAAAAAAAAACUCAAAUCAACGUUUUGCAUCACCGGCUGUUUCCGUACGACCAAUCAUCCCCACGAUCUCCCCGAGCAACCAUCAUCUCCGACAACUCCAACAGAGAGAUCUACACAGAGCCCACGUGGUGUAAUCAAGACCAAAUCUCCCAGACUCACUCGAACGUUGUCCAAAUCGCACGAGAAGUGUAAAAAUCUGAUCCAUCGGAUCGGCGGCGUAGGAGGAGUCGGUGGUGGUGUUAGCGGACACGGGAAGCAUAUUCGACGCCAUACUACGGAUUUUCAUUACGACCCGUCGAGCUAUGCGCUUAACUUUGACAGAGGAGACGAGGACGACAAUGUCAAUCGCUUUCCGCUUCGCAAUUUCUCCGCCAGGCUGCCUCGUUCGCCGCCUUCUUCAGCAACGGCAACGGAGUUUACGAUUCACAAUCUUUUGCGGUGA